AUGUCAUCUUUAUACAGAAUUGGGACAUGUUUUUCAUACCAAAAAUGCCUUUAUUGCUUUAAAAAUCCAGUUGAAGAUCUAUGUGAAUGUGAUAUGACACAAAAACCUUCUCGCUCUAAAACCCAAAUUUAUAGCUUUAAAUUUAAUUUUUGUAAUAAUUGUCAUAGGCACUAUCAGCAUUCCAAAAACGCAAACUCCUUUCCACCCAAUGCUGACUAUAUCAGUGUUGAAGAUUCUGAUUCUUCGACAAACUCUAGUUUACCAAAUGAUGAUUCUGACUAUGUAUUACCAAAUGAUGAUUCUGACUACAUAUUACCAAAUAAUAAAAAUUCAGAUCUUCAUUUGAAAUUAGAAGCAAAAGUCAUUAUUAACAUUGAAAACUUUACAUCGAUACCUGCAAAAUGGUUUACAAUUGAUCUAUAUGGAUUUGAUAUAUUUCAUUGUGACCUUAUUAACCAUAUUCGUAAGCAUCUUAAUAACAACAACAUUGAUAAAGAUAACUUUGAAAUUACUUAUAAAGAAUUGUCUGAUGAAGAUAGUGAUUCCAAUGAAAAAAUAUUGAAGACAAAAUCAAAAAAAAAAUCAAAACCUAAUUAUGUACCAAAAGAAUCAAACCUUACCACUAAUGAGACCAUAUUAGCUAAAAUUGCUUCACAACUUCAAUUAAAAUAUCAAUGUAAUAUCUAUAAUACACCUUGUUAUAUUGAGAAUUACAAACACCUUCAGCUAACACCUGCACGUUUGCACUUAUGGGCACAGGAAAUG